AUGACUAAGAAGGUACAAGCUUCGAUCAGUAGGUUCUUCACUGCUGCGCCUCAGAAGAAGCGAACAUUUGAAGAGGUUUCACAGGCACAUCAAGUGGUCAAGAAUAAUGAGACUAACAAUGGAAAAGUACCUAGGAAGAGACUACAAAACUUCACGUUUACAAAGUCAUCAGGGGUGUGCAAAAAUGAUAGAAGUAAUGAUAAUGAAGACGAUAGUGUAACUGAAUUGAGUGGCAAAGAGAACGCACUUGUUGCUGAGAAGAAGAAAAAAGAACUCACUACAACCAAACUGUCUAAUUCUAAGAGACCAAGCAAGCAGAAGAUUACGUAUACUCCAUUGGAAACACAGAUUAGGGAUUUCAAGGAUGCUCAUCCAGAUAAAUUACUUUUAUUCCAAGUAGGAUAUAAGUAUAAACUAUUUGGUAAAGAUGGUGAAGCUGGGUCUAAGAUCUUGAAUGUAAUGUAUGUGCCUAAUCGAGAGAAACCCGAGUUCUCUUAUUGUACGUUUCCUGAUUUCAAAUUGCAUAUUAACAUCAAGCGAAUACUUACUCAUGGACAUAAGAUUGGAGUGAUCAAGCAAAUGGAAUCUGCAGCUAUUAAGGCCGUUAAUAAGCAACUGUCUCUGGAUAAUGUGAUGAAACGACAAUUAACAGGGAUAUACACUUCUGGUACAUAUAUGGAUGAUGAGUACAUUCAUAAUGGUGGUGAUAUUUCUCUUGCUGGAGAAGAAAACCAUUCAUAUAUAGUUUGCAUUGUUGAAGAUGAAGUUGACAGUAAUUCCAUUGGAAUUGUUGCCGUACAGCCAUUGACGGGUGAUAUUAUUUGGGAUUACUUUGAAGACUCCUUUUCAAGACAUCAGUUACAAACUCGGUUAUCAGUGAUAAAAAUCAGUGAUCUACUAAUAAUCAAUAGUUCAGAAAAAGUGUCUCAUGAUACGCUGAGAGUGUUACAACUGCUAGGAGGGAUAAGCUUGAACGAAAUCAAGACGGUUGCUGUGAAACCAGAAGUACAACUCAGAGAAGAGAUUGCUAAUUACUUUGAUACUUUAGAUGAACAACAUGGAGGUUCCUUCAAGCAUUUGGAGAAUUAUUAUCUGGUUAAUUUCCCGUUACCAAUACAACGAUGUAUUAACGAACUUAUUCAAUAUUUAAAUGAGUUUAAACUUAGCAGCUUGUUCACAAAGACUGAUAACAUUUCCAAGUUCACUGACCCAAAAAAGUAUAUGACAUUACCAGGGAAUGUCUUGAGUGCAUUAGACAUAUUUGUCAACUCAUCUAAUCCAAAUAGUGAGAAAGGCACUUUAGUAUGGCUUCUUGAUCAUACCAGAACUAGGUUUGGAUCUCGGAAAUUGCAUAAAUGGAUAUCGCAACCUUUGAUUGACCCUAUCGUUAUAGAGCAAAGAUCUUCUGCAAUUGAAUGCUUAGCGUCUGGGUUUGAUUCAUUGGUUGAUGUAUUCAAAAAUUUUCUAGAAAAAAUAGGAAAGACUUAUGAUCUUGAUGAGUUACUUAUAAAAACUCAUUACUCUUCUGUGUAUGAAUCAGGAAAGAUAAGUCGUCAAGAUAUUUAUCACAUGUUGAGAUGCUUCCAGGAUAUUUUGGAUAUGGUGGAACGGUUCAGGAACCAUAUAGAAAAACGUCCAUUUAAAUCAGAAAUGGUAACACAGUUAUUCGAUCAAUUAUUGCAAUCAUCAUCAAAUGAUUGUGUUACUAAGUUACUUGAAAAAAUUAAUAAGGCAUUCUUGGGGAUUGAGAAUAAGAGCAUUAAUGAGAUUAAGGUCAAUUUCUUUGAUUUAGAUAAUGCAUCUUAUCCUGAAAUAGAGCAUGAACAAUUGAAAAUUGAGGAAUGUGAACAAAUUUUGGAUGAUGAAUUAGAAGGCAUUCGGAAGUUAUUGGGAAGGUCAACUAUGGAAUAUGUUACUAAUAAGAAUGACAGGUACUUGAUUGAAGUUCGAAAUGGAAAACAAGUGGAUGCCCUUCCAAAGGAUUGGGUCAAAAUUAGUGGUACUACUACAGUUUCUAGGUUCCGGUCUCCAGAAAUAACCAAUGCUUUCAAGUUGUUGCAAUAUCAUCAAGAAUUAUUAUACCAGAGAUGUGAUGAAGCCUAUUUGGGAUUUUUAAAAGAGAUCGAUCAACAAUAUACUUUCCUUACUCGAAUAGUUGAUAUUCUUGGAAAUAUCGAUUGUCUACUUUCCUUAACGGCUGCAAGCGUACUUGGUCAAGAGUAUGUCAAACCCGUCAUAAACCCUGAUAGUCAGCUUAUAAAGGCCAAAAGGUCUCGAAACCCUAUUAUUGAGAAUCUCAAGCAUAAUAAGGCUGGUUAUGUGGCUAAUGAUGUAGAUAUCGAUUAUGAUGGUAAUAGAGUUUUGAUUAUUACUGGGCCUAAUAUGGGAGGAAAAUCUUCUUAUGUCAAGCAAAUUGCUCUCUUGGUGAUUAUGGCUCAAAUAGGAUGUUAUUUACCAUGUGAAUCUGCUGAAAUGGGUAUAUUUGAUUCCAUAUUUGUUCGAAUGGGAGCUUCUGAUAAUAUUUUAAGAGGGGAGUCUACAUUCAUGACAGAAAUGUUAGAAUGCAGCAAUAUCAUCAAUAAGAUGACCGACAAAUCGCUUAUUAUACUUGAUGAAAUAGGAAGAGGCACUGGAACUCAAGAUGGAAUUGCUUUAGCCGAUUCAAUACUACGGUAUCUUAUUGAAUGUGAUCAAACACCGCUUACAUUGUUUAUCACUCAUUAUCAAAGCUUGCAUUCACUAGAAAGCCAUUACAGUGGUGGUAUUGUUAGGAACUGGCAUAUGGGAUACUUGGAAAUGAAACAAUCAGAUCACGGGUUUCCUGAAAUAAUCUUUUUGUAUACUUUACAGGAAGGCGUAGUCAGCAAUCUGUACGGGUUGAAUGUUGCUAAAUUGGCGGGGUUACCAAUUGAAUUGAUUAAGAGUGCUUUUGAUUAUAGUGAAGAACUAAAAAUAUCAAUAGAAGAAAGAGAUUUUCAAAAUAAGGCCAUUGGGAUGGGCAAACUACUAAAAGACAUAUCAGAUCCUCUGUUUAAAGUGAGUAUGGAUUCAGUGUUGAAACUUUUUACAUAG